AGUUUAGUGUAAAUAGACACAAAAUGCCACAGAACGAGUAUAUUGAACGUCACCGCAAACUCUACGGUCGCAGACUCGACUAUGAAGAACGCAAAAGGAAACGUGAGGCUCGUGAGCCCCACAAGAGAGCCCAAACCGCCAGAACUCUGCGCGGUAUAAAGGCCAAAAUAUUUAACAAAGAAAGAAGAAAUGAAAAGAUACAGAUGAAAAAGAAAAUCAAGGCACAUGAAGAGAAGAAGGUUAAGAAAACAACAGAAAAAGUGGCUGAGGGUGCCCUCCCAGUAUAUCUUCUGGAUCGUGAUGUUCAAUCCAGGGCCAAGGUUUUAUCGAACAUGAUAAAACAGAAGCGCAAAGAGAAAGCUGGAAAAUGGGAUGUACCUAUACCGAAAGUCAGAGCACAGGCAGAUGCUGAAGUAUUGAAAGUUGUCAAAUCUGGCAAAACAAAGAGGAAAGCCUGGAAGCGCAUGGUCACAAAGGUGACAUUUGUUGGGGAAGGAUUCACUAGGAAACCUCCAAAGUUUGAGAGAUUUAUAAGACCAAUGGCACUGAGAUUCAAAAAGGCACAUGUUACUCAUCCAGAACUGAAGGCCACAUUCCACUUGCCCAUUAUUGGAGUAAAGAAGAAUCCCAGUUCACCAAUGUUUACCAGUUUGGGUGUUAUAACAAAGGGUACUGUCAUUGAAGUAAACAUAUCUGAGUUAGGUUUGGUUACACAGGCAGGUAAAGUUGUCUGGGGAAAAUAUGCCCAGGUCACCAAUAAUCCAGAGAAUGAUGGGUGUAUAAAUGCAGUGCUCUUAGUAUAAGUUUUUGUGUAUUGUAAGUUUCUUCAUAAAUAAAUAAUUUUAAUAAG